CCCUCUCUAGCCGCUCACAGCACACGGCCAGCCCUAUUCUCUUCUCUGAAGUCUCUCACAAACGCAUACACACUCUCUUUCAGCCAAAAAUGGCGAUUAGAAAAUCAAACAAACUAGCACAAACUGCAGUCCUGAAGCAAAUUCUCAAGAGAUGCUCGAGCUUAGGAAAGAAACACGGCUACGACGACGACGGCCUCCCUCUCGACGUGCCAAAAGGCCACUUCGCUGUGUACGUCGGAGAGAACAGAACUAGAUACAUAGUCCCGAUCUCGUUCUUGUCUCAUCCCGAAUUCCAGUGCCUUCUCCGGCGAGCCGAGGAAGAGUUCGGCUUCGAUCACGACAUGGGUCUCACAAUUCCCUGUGAAGAAGGGGUUUUCCGGUCACUGACGUCGAUGCUCAGUUGAAGUGUGAUCAUUUUGGUUGGAGAGAGAUGGGUCACCUCCAAGAAAGGCAGCAUAUUUAAUAUAUGCUUCUUUCUUUCUUUUUUUACAUCUUUCUUCACUGUAUUUUGAUCUAGCUAGUGAUCUUUUUUUUAAAGAACCUUUUGGGUUUUUCUGUUAAAUGACUCUAAACCCAAAAACCCAUCAAGGCCUAAAAUUGUAAAAAGUAUGAGAUUUUCCUCAAGAGAGGCGUAUUGUUAUUUACACCCUUUGAGUUUGAGAGCUUGAUGUUAUGGAAGGACUAAUUUUCAUGUUA